AUGUCUAAAUGGGCCAACCAAUUCGAGUCAACAGGAGUCAAUGUCACGACUUUGCCCAGAAGCUUUAGCGUGAGCUCGAGUAGAUUGAGUAGUGGUGACCAAGAUCUAGAAGAGUUAAUGAGAAUUGCCUCACAAAGAGGUCUGACUAAAAAGGUUGAGUCUGAGUUUCUAAGAAGACAAGGGUUAAAUCAUGGGUCGACCCAAAUGAAUGAUGGGUUGCAUAGCAAGAGUGUUGGUCCUAUGAGGAAGAUUGAUGAAGAUGAAGAAGGUUGUCAUAUUGGUGGAAGUGAUGACUUUAAAAUUAACCGUGUUAGUUUUGCAAGAAGUAGAAGCCAUGUUGUCUUCACAAGAAAGAACGAAAUAUUUUAA